UGGGCAAAGAUGAACGGAACCGAGGGACACAACUUCUAUGUUCCCAUGUCCAACAGAACAGGGCUAGUGAGGAGUCCUUUUGAAUAUCCUCAGUACUAUUUAGCUGAGCCAUGGCAGUUUAAAGUGCUUGCUCUCUACAUGUUCUUCCUCAUCUGUUUUGGUCUACCCAUCAAUGGCCUUACAUUGGUGGUGACAGCUCAACACAAAAAGCUAAGGCAACCUCUCAACUUCAUUUUGGUCAACCUGGCUGUGGCUGGCACCAUCAUGGUUUGUUUUGGAUUCACUGUCACUUUCUACACUGCAAUUCAAGGCUACUUUGCUCUCGGUCCAACUGGCUGCACUACUGAGGGAUUCAUGGCCACACUUGGAGGUCAAAUUUCCCUUUGGUCACUAGUGGUGCUGGCCGUUGAGAGAUACAUUGUGGUCUGUAAGCCAAUAGGUAGUUUCAAAUUCUCCACCAACCAUGCUUUAGCAGGAAUUGCAUUUACGUGGAUAAUGGCAUUGGCAUGUGCAGUCCCCCCUCUCUUUGGCUGGUCUAGAUAUAUUCCUGAGGGAAUGCAGUGCUCAUGUGGACCUGACUACUACACCCUGAAUCCUAAGUACAACAAUGAAUCAUAUGUCAUGUACAUGUUUUGCUGCCACUUUAUAUUUCCAGUCUCCACAAUCUUCUUCACCUAUGGGAGACUUGUUUGCACAGUCAAGGCGGCUGCAGCUCAACAGCAGGACUCAGCAUCCACCCAGAAGGCAGAGAAGGAAGUGACAAGAAUGGUUAUCCUGAUGGUUUUGGGUUUCUUGGUAGCCUGGACCCCCUAUGCUGGUGUUGCAGCCUGGAUUUUCUUAAAUAAAGGAGCUGCUUUCAGUGCCCAGUUCAUGGCUGUUCCUGCAUUUUUCUCAAAGAGCUCCUCAAUAUUUAACCCCAUCAUCUAUGUGCUGCUAAACAAACAGUUCCGGAACUGCAUGAUGACCACUCUUUUCUGUGGGAAGAACCCUCUUGGAGAUGAGGAGUCCUCAACAGUGUCCACCAGCAAGACAGAGGUGUCCUCAGUUUCUCCAGCAUAG